CCUCACCUCCGGUCCCCCCCGCACAGAUGAGCGGAUCUCCUGCCCAAAGGGCUGCCUGUCUUGUAUGUAUGUUGGACCGCUGCAACAGAGGGCACCCUUAUUGUGAAGUAAUAGUGUAUGGCUACUGGCCGCAGGCCUCUCCUGAGACUGCAACAGUCAGCUGAUACCCUGUGCAGUCAUGCUCCCUUCACCCAGCUCCCCGGCUAUGGGGCUGUCCAUGCUGCAAGAUUGGUGCAGGUGGAUGGGUGUGAACGUGCAGCACUGCCUGCUCAUCAUGGGCAUCCCUGAUGACUGCGAGGAAGAUGAGUUCCAAGAGAUACUGCAGGCUGCGCUGAGACCCCUGGGCAGAUUCCGAGUGCUCUGCAGGGUGUUCAGAAAGGAGCUUGGAGCCAGGGUUGCUUUGGUCGAGUUUGCUGAGUAUUUAAACCGAAGUUUGAUCCCCCCACAAAUAUCAGGCAGUGGGGAGCCCUGGAGUGUGAUCUUCCUGCCCCACGUCCCUGAUUCUGAGUUUCAGGAGAGUCAAAAUCUCCCUGCACAGCCCCAGGGGCAAGCAGUGGGAGAAAGCGUGGGUAAAGGAGGAGCUGCAAGUGAGGGAGGAGCUGCAGCUGAGGAAGGAGCUGCAGGAGUUUCAAGUGAGGCAGGAGCUGCAGGUGAAGCAGGAGCUGCAGGUGAAGCAGGUGUUUCAGGUGAGGAAGGAGCUGCAAGUGAGGCAGCAGCUCUUGGUGAGGAAAGAGCUGCAGGUGAGGCAGGAGCUCCUGGUGAGGAAGAAUCUGUAGAUGAAGACACUUCAGGGGCUGCAGCUGAGCCAGGGGCUGCAGCUGAGGCAGGAGCAGUGUGUGAGGCAGGGCCUGAAGAUGAGGAAAGAGAUGAACUUGAGCCAGGAGCUGUAGAUGUGGCAGGGGUAGCAGAUGAGGCAGGAGCUGCAGGAGAGCCAGGAGCAGUAGGGGAUGCAGAUGAGGCAGGAGAGCCAGGAGUAGCAGGUGAAGCAGAAGCUGCAGGAGAGCCAGGAGCAGCAGGUAUGGCUGGAGCUGCAGGUGAUCUAGGGGCAGCAGGGGAUGCAGGUGAGGCAGGAGCAGCAGAUGAGGCAAGAGCUGUAGGAGGGCCAGGAGCAGCAGGGGCUGCAGGAGAGCCAGGAGCAGCAGGGGCUCCAGGUGAGGCAGGAGAUGCAGGUGUGGCAGGAGCUGUGGGUGAGCCAGGAGCUGCAGGUGAGCCAGGAGCUGCAGGUGAGCCAGGAGCUGCAGGUGAGGCAGGAGCUGCAGGUGAGCCAAGAGCAGCACGUAUGGCAGUAGCUGUAGGUGUGGCAGGAGCUGCAGGUGAGCCAGGAGCUGCAGGGGCUGCAGGUGAGGCAGGAGCAGCAGGGGCUGCAGAUGAGGAAGGAGCAGCAGGUAUGGCAGGAGCUGUAGGUGUGGCUCCAGCUGCAGGUGUGGCAGGGGCUGCAGGUGAAGCAGGAGCUGCAGAUGGGGCAAGAGUGUCAGAUGAGGAAGGAGCUGCAGGUGACAUAGUUGAAGGUGCUAUAGGAGUUGUGGGUAUGGCAGGAGCUGCAGGUGAGGCAGGACCUCCAGAAGAAGGGGCCUGGGAUGCAGCAGCAGCGACCCAUCAUAGAGCAGGAGCCCAGCAGUGGGAUCAGGCCCUGCAGCCCAUCCUGGAAAACGUGGCAUACCAGGAACUGAGACCCUUUUCCGGGAUUCCAGAGCAAGACCCUGAAGAAGAGUCCUUCGAGAGCUGGCUGAACCAUGCGAAUGACAUGCUGUACCUGUGGCGCCAUAUAUCAGAGAGGGAGAGGAGGAGGAGGCUGGUGGAGUGCUUGGAAGGCCCUGCCCUGGAUGUCAUUUGCGAGCUCUUGGAGGAGCACCCAGACAUCCCUGUGCAGGACUGCCUGGCCAUGCUGGUGCAGGUGUUUGGGAACAAGGACAUCGGGGUGACCACACGGCUGAAGUUUCUGAUCUGCUCACAGGGGCCUCGGGAGACGCUCUUGGCCUAUGUGAUGCGCCUGGAAGGCCUCCUGCAGUCGGCCGUGGAGAAGGGCGCCAUCCUUCCAGCCGCCGCAGACCAGAUGCGAGCCCGGCAGGUGAUGAUGUGGGCCAGGCCGAACUGGAUUCUCCAGAACAAGCUGAGAAGGAUGCAGCUGGAGAGGAGGCCCCCUGGCUUCCGGGCGCUGUUCCACCUGGUGCUGGAGACCGAGGCCUGGGAGGCAGCCUUGGCUGGGAAUGAGCUGUUGGGAGGUGAGGCCACCGAGGCUGGGCCAUCCCACCGAGAGGCUGCUGGGCCUGGGCCUGGGCCUGCCCCUGCUGUGGAAGAUGCUUCGCAGGCCUCCCCAGCCGGGGAAGAGGCCAGUGCCCAGGCUGCUUCUGACUCUGAGUGUGCUGCUGAGGUUGCUUCUGAUACCAAUGAUGCCACAAAGUCAACCACUCAGGAAGACGAAGAAACCUUUGGUCCUGCAGGCCUAGGCCAGGCAGGGCCCUCUGAGGCCCCUGAGGCUUCCACCUCAGCCCUGGUGUGCAGUGUUUCUGGGGCAGGUCCAGGAGGGCCUGGCUAUGGGCCAGAGAGCCUCGCCCAGGCAGCAGAGCAGGGGGCUGAGGAGUUCAUUCUGGAGGGGCUCAAGGCUGUCCUGGAAGAGUUGGGAAAUGAAGUUGAGGAUGGGGAGAUGAGCCACCCCGAGUCCUCCUCAAGAGAAUAGGCUCAGAAUGCCCAGGGGCCUCCUCUCUGCUCAGGCGGCCGGCCCCAGUGUCAGGGGGAGGUGAGGCCAGGGCCACUGGCCAGCCCAAACCAAACUCUCAUAUCUUUCCACUCCCCAAAGGGCCCCUGGCCAGUACCACCUGGCCUUCCAAGUGACCCAGGCGACCAUGGGUACACUAGGGAGAAGAGGCCAUCUCAAGUGUGCCAGCUGCCUGGCUCUCCCCACGGGGGACCGCCCCAUCACCCCUCCAUUUCCUGUUCCUGUCCCUGGUGCAGACCGCUUUCUGCCCUGGGAAGCCCACUCGUAUGUGUAGGGCCCAUCGUGGCCCUGGGUUCAGGCGAGCGCCCAUCCCCACGUCAGCCGCCGUUCUUGUGCAAAGCUUUGCGGUGUGCGCCUGUGCAUGUGUGUGUGUGUGUGUGUGUGUCAGCCCCGGGCAGAGGUCCCAGCUCACCUGGCCCGCACAGCCGGCCGGCCACCUCCAGGCCUGGGCCCGUGCCGUGAGCUUCCUUCUGUGCCAGCCAAGGCUCCGCCCGCUCCUGCCCAGUGUCUGAGCUUAGCCUCUGCUUCCUCCCGCUGGAUCUGGGCCAGCCGCCUGCCGCUGGUUCUCAUGGAGACAUGUGCGUUGUUACCUGAACAGUUCCUGUCUGGAGACCCCGGGACCCGUCCCGGGAGAAGGAGGGAAGGAUGGACCGCGACGGAGUCACCCUGUGACUGUGACUGCGGCUGUGAUUGGGACACGACUUUGGACAGGAUGAACUGGGCCAGGGAUGGAAGGAGAAGGCCGGGCCUGCUUGGGUGUUCUACUCAUGCUGUUAUUUGUGACUCAGUUUCUUUGGUGUGGUGGAGCAUUCCUUGUGUUUUCUGGUGUCUUGGAUUAUCUGUGCCGGCCAUCUCAUAGGGCCACUCCACAGUGGGUCAGCUCCCUAGAGAGUUCCUUGAAGUGACUAUGCAUUGUCAGAGGCCAUCAUUCUGGCCAGGGGCAGAUCUGGGCCCCUUGGGGAGGGACAUGUCUGGAGGGCCCAGCACGGCGGGGUGGGGCGCGGAUGAGACACCUUGUCAAGAGCCCUGGGGCAGGUAGGACCUGUGGCUUGUAGUGGUUGUAGCAUGGUCCCAUUUGUGGUGACAUCCCCUUCUUUUCAAUGGUUUCAG